CGGCUAAGGGAUGGAGAUUGGAAGAUUUUCUUUCGUAUUUUCAAUCUAUCACCUAGAACAAUCCAGCGCACCGACACUUAACCUAAACAGGGGACACAAUCAUGACAUUCCCACUUGGGCGCCAAUUAAUAUUGAUGAGGUUGCCAGCUUCCAUUCCACUCCACUCAACACAUAUCACAUAUGGGAAUCAAAAAAAUAAAAAUACAAAAAGAAUCUUUGGACUUUUGUGGUUGUAAAUUACCAAAUUCUGAUGAGCUACCACUCAACUCAACUUUCUCAUUUUCACGCUCUCCAUUCUUUCCAUUUGUUUCUUUCUCAUGGCAGAAGAUCAAAUUCCAAAGUCCAAAUGGGAAGGCAAAGCCUCUGCUGAUCUUCAAGGCUCAUCAGCUGAACAAGUUUGGCCUCUCCUGGCCGAUUUCUGCAGCUUACACAAGUGGUUCCCCGAUAUUGCCACGUGUUACCAAGUCGAUGGCGUCCCUGGCCAACCGGGUCUGAUCCGGUACUGCGCCCGUGCUCCUAUUGAUAAUGAUGAGUCCACCAUCAAGUGGGCCAAAGAGAAGCUACUGUCCCUUGAUCCAAUCCAACGGUGUUUGAGCUAUGAGAUUAUUGAGAGCAAUCUCGGGUUUAAGUCGUAUGUUGCGGUUAUGCAACUAGUCCCGAUCAACGGCGGAGAUGGCAGCAUUGGGUGCAAGAUCGAGUGGUCGUUUGUUUGCGAUCCGAUUGAAGGGUGGGGAUUGAAUGAUUUUCGUUCAUACCUUGACUCUUCUCUUCAAUUGAUGGCAGAGAAGAUGAUGGAGCAUACCCUUCUACCUACCACUGGGUAACAAUAAUUGUUGUUUGCUAAUAUUUUUGUGUUGGUGUGUUUAUAUAUUAUGUAAGUAAUUCCAAGACUACAGCAUUGUAGUAUGUUUAAUAAUUGAAUUUUUUAUUUCAAGUUAUAUUUUACAAUAAUGUUUUAUACAAGCAAUA